AUGAUGAAUAUGCAUUUCUCUUUUGUCUUCUGCAGGGCCAGAAGGGUCACUAAAAUGUCGAACAAGGUAGCAAACUCAAUUCUCUCAGGUGUUCUCAAGGUCUCGGGAUUUGUUACCAGCACUGUAGUCAACUCCAAACCUGCACAGAAGUUCUUCAAGUUAAUGCCUGGCGAAGUUAUUCUUGCUUCGCUGGACGGAUUUGGUAAAGUAUGGGAUGCUGUUGAGGUAUCUGGCAAGAACGUGAUGAAAACAUCAUCAGUUGUCACAACUUCAGUUGUAACGCACAGGUACGGUGAUCAAGCAGGAGAGAUAACACAGGACUACCUCCACGCCACCGGAAACGCUCUUGGGGUCGCGUGGGCCGUCUUCAAGAUUCGGAAAGCGCUCGACCCAAAGGGACACAUCAAGAAGUUGUCCCUCGCGAGCUCGGCGGCGCACGCUGUGGCCAAGCAAUCGAUAAGCCUGCAAAAGAAGAAGUAA